GAGAGGAGAUGCUAAUGCAAAUGCAAAUGCAGAUGCAAAUGCACAUGCGUAACAUUUUGACAUCAGAUUGGACAUGUUAUUCGUUAUCCAAAACCUAACCAAGCAAUCUACAAAGAGCAGGAGCAUUCAUUACACGUCAGCAUCAUAUCUGCCACAUAAGCAAGGCCAUCCUAUCAAAUUCCAGCAUCAGAUUUCUCAUGUUCCACAGCCAACCAAUGAAAACACGUGAACCACAAUCCUCUGCGGCAUGUCCACAUCCACUAGCUCAAGCUUAUAGUAUCAAUCUCCAUUCCCCACAGGUACUAGAGUAGCGUAUUACUGACUAGUGUUCUGAGUUAGUUGUAAACAAAACCCAGCUGCAGCAGCGGCACCUAAUUAGAGUCAGACUCCUCCAGAAUGGCCUCAUUGGCAGCCUUCACUGCUGCUGCCUCCCUCGGCGUAUCUGAAAUGCUGGGAAACCCUAUGAAUUUCAGUGGUGGGGCAAGGUCAUCGGCUCCAACAGCAACAAACCCUGCCACUUUCAAGAUAGUGGCUCUUUUCUCCAAGAAGAAGGCUGCGCCUCCUCCAAAGUCCAAGGUUGCUUCUGUCUCUCCAGCCGAUGAAGAGCUGGCUAAGUGGUACGGUCCUGACAGGAGGAUUUUCUUACCAGAAGGGCUGUUAGACAGAUCAGAGAUCCCAGAGUACUUGACAGGGGAAGUUCCUGGAGACUAUGGAUACGAUCCGUUUGGUCUGAGCAAGAAGCCAGAAGACUUUGCGAAAUAUCAAGCGUAUGAGUUGAUACACGCUAGGUGGGCGAUGCUUGGUGCUGCUGGAUUCAUCAUCCCUGAAGCCUUUAACAAAUUUGGUGCCAACUGCGGCCCUGAAGCUGUUUGGUUCAAGACUGGAGCUCUUCUCCUGGACGGUAACACCUUGAAUUACUUUGGGAAGAAUAUUCCAAUCAACCUUGUGGUUGCUGUCAUUGCCGAGAUCAUUCUUGUUGGUGGUGCUGAAUAUUACAGAAUUAUUAAUGGCCUGGAUUUGGAGGACAAGCUUCACCCUGGUGGUCCAUUUGACCCACUUGGGCUUGCCAAGGAUCCUGACCAGGCUGCUCUGCUCAAAGUCAAGGAGAUCAAAAAUGGUAGACUCGCAAUGUUCGCCAUGCUGGGUUUCUACUUCCAAGCUUAUGUCACUGGUGAAGGUCCCGUUGAGAACCUUGCAAAACACCUCAGCGAUCCUUUUGGCAACAACUUGCUCACAGUCAUUGCAGGAACUGCUGAAAGAGCUCCCACCCUCUGAUUAUAAUAUCUUUAUUUCUAAUUUUUCCACUUGUUGCUUGCUUCUAUGCAUUAAUUGAUUGUACAUCCAACAGAGAAUUUCCAAGCACUUUAAUCCUAAGGCUUGACCCUCAUAUGUAAACUUUAUUUUCCUUUAUGGACUUAUCCAUCUAUAAUUCAAA